AUCAGAAAUCAGCUGCAGCUGAAAUCGGCAUAAUCGGUGUUUUGUUUAGAGGCGAUUGAAUAACAGGAGUUUAUUUUUCUUCUAAAAAUCACGUUUCCUCGAUUAUCUUUUAAGAAAUAUGUUGCUAAUCCCGAAGUGUAGUUUAUUACCACAGUUCAGUCCAUAUCGCCACAUGCUUCAAGCCUUAUCCGUUCGAUGGAAAUCGUCAGUGCCAUCCAAAAAACAGGAAGAUGAUUUCAAUUCCGAGUAUGGUGGGAUUAAAAUCAAUACCAAACCGACACACCAACGGAUGGAGAAGCGUAAGCCUCUGAUGAAAAACAUGUUCGUCGGUGUGGUGGACACCGAUUUGCUGGUAUACCCGGAAUCACUCAACCGCGACGAACAGUCUCGGGUCGUUUCGGAACGAGAAUCGCUCGAAAAGAUGGUCCAAGAGAACAGCGACUCAAAUGAUUUACCGGAAAAGUUGCGCCAAGCCGGUGUGUUUGCCCUGCAGUCUCCGUUGAAUCAUGGCGGCAAGCAGCUCAUCGAAACGGAGCUGGCAUACUUCAAUGAAAUUAUUGCAAAAGACUUCGCGACGGGUCUGAUUUCCGGCCAACAUAACGCCAUCGUUGAUUUGCUGAAUCGGUUUGGUUCCGACCAGCUGAAGGAACGAUCCAUGGAAGCAUUGAGCAGUGGUCAGAUAACUGUGGCUAGUGCUCUGUUAGAGGAGGAAGCACCCUGUGGAACGAUGUUCAGCACGAUUGCCUCGAGGGAUGUGGAUGGAAGGCGGUGGUUGUUAAAUGGUUCGAAAUCGUUUGUCUUGAACGGUGAUAAGGCUAGCCAGCUUCUGGUGUUGGCAUCGACCAAGACGACGCAGCAAAUAAACUCCUCAGACACCACCAUAACGGCGUUCCUGGUCGAUGCAAAUUCGAAAGGGGUUCGGAAGACCGGAGCCAACGCGACAUUUGGGCUGGAGGAUGUGAAGCAGGUCACGGUGAGCUUCGAUAAUGUUGAAAUUGGAGACGAACAUAUCAUCGGCCAAGAAGGUACCGGAGCAGAAGUAUUGGUAGAACUUUUGAAAUCUACUCGCGUGCAAACUAGCGUUCUAGGAGUUCAGCUGAUGAAACAGUUCCUCAAUUCCCUAACAAAGUACUGCACAGAAGCAAAAACUGGCGACGGACACAUCAUAGACAUUGAAAAUGUCGGUGAAGAGCUGGCCAAAUCAACCUGUGCCAUAUAUGCCGCAGAAAGCAUGAUAUAUAUGACCACUGGAUUACUGGAUGAUUUCGUGGGACAGGAUGCUGAAAUGGAAGCUGCCAUCACGAAAAUUUUCACUGCUGAAAAAUUAAUGGAGAUAGCCAUAAAGCCAUUGAAAUUCGUCGGACCGCAAGCUUUGACCAAGGGUCACCCAUUGGAGGCAUUGUUCCGUAAUUCGGUGCAGUUUUUCGGACAAACCGAAACAGUCGAUUCGGUCAAACUUUUCGUCGCUCUGAGUGGUUUACAACACACUGGGUUGGCAACCCACGACAACAUCCGCAAGGAUCGCAACCCGGCAAUGAACCCUGCACAUGUGAUAUCGAAAAUGUUCGAUAAAAAUACAAUCGACAACCCGAAACAGUUUGUCAACCUGGAACACUAUUUGCAUCCUUCACUGGAUUCCGCUGGGCACUGGAUCGAGUUUUCCAUUCAACGGUUGCGACUGGCCACCGAAUGUGCCCUCUCGCGACACGGCAACCACAUCAUUUGUCGGCACAUUGAGCUGAUUCGGUUGGCCGAUAUGGCGGUGCUGAUCUACGCCAUGUUAGCUACGGCGUCACGAGCAUCCCGCUCCUACUGCAUAGGACUGCGACAUGCCGAGCAGGAAAUCUAUCUGGCGAAUAAUUUCUGCAAGGAGAGCAGCGAAAAGGUGCGGGUGCUAGCCAAACAGCUCGAACAAGGUCAGUACAUUACCACCGAUAAGGAUUAUAUCGAACUUUCGCAAUAUCUGUUCAAGCAGAAGGGAUACUUCUUCGAACAUCCACUGACGAAGAAUUUUUAGAAUACAAUUAAGGAAAAUAUAAAUGUUAUGGAAUGUUAGUGCAAA